GUUUAUGCCAGAACCCAACCUGCCUCCCCUGCUCCUCUAUGAUGCCACGUCUCUGCCUGCAGGUACAGACUCACAGCAGGUGAUCAAUAUUGACCAGAUUCGGGAGAGGCUUCCUGAGCUCCCCAGAGUGACCCGAGAGAGGCUUAUUCAACAGUAUGGGAUGUUGCCAGAACACGGCUUUGCUUUACUGAGGAUGAGAGGACAAGGACCAAGGCUGCUUAGCCUCAAAGACAUCAAUUACCUUCUCCAUUCGGCAUCUGACAAGUUGGACAAAAGACAAACCUUUGAAUUAAUGUACAAUGAGCCAAGGCUUCCCGGCUGUUUCUUUGCUCAAAACUGUGAUUUCAGAGAAGAAUCUGCCAGUAUCUGAAGAUAUAUGCCGCCUUCAGAGAGCAUCUCUAUAGGAUUGUUCACUGGCCUCCGAUGAGCAUGUGACGGGCACAGUGUCUGCCUCACCUCGUUGAACAUAGGCUUGGUGAGGGCAGGAGCAUUUCUGCAGACGAGUU